ACUACAGCCAGCACCCCCUCACCUGUCAGGUGGUAUCAGACCUCUCCAUCGUCAGUGGACCGCCCACCUUGGACAUCAAACCAGGUCACACCGUCCCCUACACCGUGUCUGUGUCACCAUGGAAACGAGGGAAACAUACAGGGUCCAUGUCAUUCCUAGCCGUGGAGAGUGAGACAGGAACAGGGAAUGAGUCCAGGCAAUAUGAGGUGUGGUUCUCUAUAGAGGUCAUAUGUGAUCCUGCUCCUCCCCUGAAGGUGCUGGCUGUGCACUGUGCUGUUCAGAGCUCUGUUGCCGUGGAGAUCCCCCUUAGUAAUCCGGAGGCGGAGCCGCUUGAGCUGUGGGUGUGUCUGGAGGGAGAGGACCUGAGUGGAGACACCCUGGUGUGUGUCCCACCCCAGAGCAGUCUCAACUACACAGUCACCUUCUCUCCUGCUGUAGUAGGGAAGAGAACAGACAGUGUGGUCUUCCAGUCGGAGCUGGUGGGAGAGUUCUGGUACCAACUGGACCUGCUGGCCCAACCUCCUGUCCUCACCACCUUACCACAGAGCAGCUGUGAACUGGGAAAGUGGACCAGGCUGUACAUCCCACUGGUCAACCCCACAGACGAGACACUGGAGCUGGGCACGGUCAACAGCAACCCUCGCAAUUUCACCCUGGAGCUGGACACCAGCAGACCACUCAUCAUAGCACCACACUCGUCCACCCAGGUUCCUGUCCGUUUCAGCCCAUCAACCAUCGGAGCUGGAAACCACACAGCCAAGAUCUCCUUCACCUGCUCUCAGUUAGAACACUGGAGCUUCCAGCUGUGUGGUGAAGGCCUGACCCCUGGGAGGAUGGAGCCUCUGUCUGUAGCCUCCCCUGUGGGAUCUCAUUCCUCCAUCAUCCUCCCCUUCAGGAACCCUACUGAACACCCAGCCCUGCUGCACCUCAGACUCACAGACGAAGAGCCCGGUCAGAAGAGAUCAAGCCAGUCCUUCAUCUGUGACAGGAAAGUGUUCUGCAUCCCCUCAAACAGACACAAGGUGUGCGUGUGUCUGCGGGGGCCAGUGUGGACAUUCCUGUGGUGUUUGCCCCUGACUCCAUGCAACUGCACCAGGCCUGGCUCCUGGUUCAGCUAG